CGGCACGUGUUAUCUAUAGCCACGCAGCUCGUGCGAGUACUUACAACCUCCGUAGAGACACGCUUUCCAAGUAGCCGUGUCGAGUCGUGUUGGUAAAUAAACAUGGGGGAAAAAUUAAUCGAAGCUGUUCGAAAUGAGAAAUGUUUGUACGAUGUCAAACACCCAGAUUACGUGAAAGUUAAAUUAAAAGAUUCUAUUUGGAAAAGGAUUGCUGAGGAGCUUGGUCUUAAAGAUGGUAAUGAAGCCAGAAGAGCAUGGGAAAAACUAAGAAAUAACCACAGGGAUGCGCUUCGUCGGCAAAAAAAUGUGAAGCGUAAAAGCGUUUCAGGAGCUGACAAUAUAAGACCAUGGCGUUACCAAGGGCUCAUGGAGUUCUUAAUACCCCAUAUGGGGAAUAGAACAAAUAAGACUAAUUUACUUGAAGAAUCACAUGACGAACCAUCUCAAAUACAUUCCGAUAGUACGGAAAAUGAGAGUGAAAAAAUAAAGGAGAAUUAUGGAUACCGGACUAGUAGUGUCGAAAGUCAGUCAUCUGAGCUAUCGUCAACUGGUACUGGAAGAGUACAUAAAAUAAAGAGACACAAAAGAAAAAUGGCAAAUGUUUCAAUGAAUCCAUCUAUAGAGGGACAUGAAGAAGUAGAUAGACAGCGAAAAAGAACUGACACAAGUAAUGAUUUUACCGUCAAUAAUGUUAAAAAUGAUCCACUUUUUCAUUUCUUUAUGAGCAUGUACGAGACUACAAAAUCGCUGCCGCCUCUAUCUCAACACACUAUUAAAACGAAUAUAUUUUCAUUGGUAUCGCACGAGGAAUCUAAACAUUUGAUGAAAUGUUCGCCCCGGCCACAGUCUAGCAAUACCUAGAUUAGCGAUACAGGAUCAUUGAAAUUACAUUAUUUCUCAGAAAUCGCUGAAUUAGGAACAAGAUGAUUCUGUAACUCUGAAUUACCCACAUUCGAUGGCGUCAUAUUUUUUUGGGCCGAAAUUGUCCCUGCGCAGCUCAAUCAGCCAAUUAGAUUUAAAUUUUGCAUACAGAAAAGUAAUCUCUUAAAGACCGUAUCGUCAGGCCUCUGUCACUUGACGUACUUGCGCGCGAUAAAUGCCUACCGCUCGCUGGGUUACCGGUAGCCCCA